CACGGGAUGGGCAAUCAAUUAGAAAAGGAUUAUACUAUUGGAGAAAAACCAUUUGCAACUGGUGGUCCUUUUUGCCUUUGGAGAAUACAUAACGGAACUCACAGACAAACAAGAGAGGAAGUUUCUGUGUUUUGUUGUGCUUUUAAAGAUAUUGAAGCUGUCUAUGGAAGAAAUAAUCUUCAAACUGUGAUAAAUUACUUCAAGAAUGAAAGCCUAAUGCUACAAAAACUCAGGCAUCCUCUAAUACUGUCUCCCCAACAACAAUUCUUUGAAACAAAAACAAUGUUGGCGAUGAUAACCGAACCGAUACUAGGAUCAUUGAACAAUUUAGUGUUUAGAAAUCAUCAAAACAUUCCUGACGUAUCACCAAUGAUGAAGAAUUAUCGUUUAACCAAGUUGGAAUUAAAGUAUGGAAUGUGUCAAGUAAUGGAAGCUUUAACUUUUUGCCAUCAAAAUGCAAAACUAACUCACGCUGGAUUGCAUCCAAAUAAUAUUUAUAUUACAACUGAUGGUCAUUGGAAAAUUAGUGGAUUUCACUUUUCAUUUACAGCAUUAGGAUCUACGGAAACAAACUCUGCACCGACUCUCUUCAAAAGAAACUUUCAAAAAAGAGAUUUCCUUCCAUCAUUGGAUUAUACAGCACCUGAAUAUGUGUUAGAACAAAAUCCUUGUAAUUCUUCCGAUAUUUUUUCUUUUACCCUUAUUUAUUUGCAAAUACUUCUUGAAAAAUCACAUUCUAUUUUGGAAUCUGAUCAAGAUAUUAAUGCAUACACCAAUAACGUUUCUAGAUUGCAUGAAGUUGUAAAGAACAUUAACAAGCUUCCACAAGAAAUCAGAGAAUCAUUAUUGAGUUCAUGCUCAUUGAAACACCAGGAAAGACCUACCUCACAUUUCCUUCUUUCAAAUUGUGAACUAUUAUUCGGAAAUGAAGUUAGGGCAUUGAGAUAUCUUGCCAGUAUGGAGCUUAGAGAGCCUGUCAAGAAGGCACAAUUCUUGUCUACACUUGCUCCUAUGCUUAAAGCACCUAAACCUCAACAAUUGAUUAAUGGAGUUGAAGACAUUCCAGAUGAAGGAUUUUCCAACAGUAUUGUCUUUUCUAAAAUUUUACCUCCAUUAUUGAAUGAAUGCAAAGAUUUAAAGAUGUUAUUACAUGCAUUGCCAAACGUACUUGUAUUGAGUGAAAGAAUGACAGUCAAGGAAUUUAGUAAGCAAGUUUUGCCUACUCUUUCAAAGUUUGCAUUGAUGCAAAGCACUCCUGCAAAAAUUCCAUUGAAAAUUCUGGAAAGUUUCAACUUGAUGUGGAAUAAGACAACUGAUGAAGACCAUAGACUUUGUUUAAUUCCAUUCUUGAUUAGAUGUCUAGAUAGCAAGUUCCCAGAAAUUCAAAAUGAAGCCAUGAAGAGAUGUGAAGAAUGUUUGAACGAAGAGAGAAUGACCUAUGAUGAUUUCAAAUCUACUUUAUUGCCACCUAUUGAGUUGAUUUGUCACAAUACUAACAAUCAAAGUGUAAGAAUUAAUGGUAUUGUUUGUCUUGGCAAAAUUUUACCACAUUUUGAAACCUCUGUAAUAUCUGCUACAAUUAUACCAAUUUUAGAAUCAUCUCUUGCUCCUCUUUAUGGAGCUGAAAGAUCUGGUGCUCAACUCUCUGCACCACUUUUAAUUACCUGUGUUGGUGUUUAUCUUAAGAUUUCUAAACUUUUACAAAAGAGAAAUGAUCCAGGAUUGACUAAGAUUAUAGCAUGUAGAAUAAUGCCUUCAAUUUCUCCAAUUGCCGUGCAAACAUCUUUGAAUGUUGACCAAUUUACUAAAUAUUUAAAGGCCAUGAAAACCAUGAUUGAAAUGAUGGAAAUGAUCAGGUAUGAUGAAUAUAGAAAGGCAGGUAGCACUGUACCUGAUAUGCCACAACUUAUUCCUCAAGACUCACCAACAAGUGCAAUUACAUCUCCACCUUUUAACCCUCCUCAAACCUUUAAUCCACCUACUCCUCAAUUCAACCAACCAACUCCAACAUUUAAUCAACCAACUCCUGUAACAACUGUAAAGAAACCACAAACACAAGAUCCAAAGAAACCAAAUGUUAUUCAAAAUAUUUUGAAUGAGGUUCCAGCAAAUGUUGUAGAUCAAAAUAAUUUGUUUAUGGAUGAACAAGAAAAGGAAAACUUGCUCAGAAUACAAGAAGAAGAAGAAGAAUUGAGAAGAGAAGAAGAAAGAUUGAGAAAGGAAGAAGAGGAAAGACAAAGAAUUCAACGUGAAAAUGCAAAGCUUUUUGACUCUUUGAUGGAUAAACAUUGGGGAGGAGACGAUGAGGAAUCUCCUAAAGAAAAGAAAAUGUCUUCCUCAGUGUUCAGUUCUCAACCUGCUGCAACUAAGCCUGUUACUUCAGCAGUCAAUUCAGGAGAAAUCCAUUUGGAUCAAAUGGCUGCCAGAAUGAAGUUUGCUGAUUCUGACUCUGAAGAUGAUGAACCACCAAAACCAGUUGUAACAAAUAACGAUAGAAGACGUUCAUCAGAAACUAAGAUUUCUCCAAGAAAGUCUCCAAUCAGUCAACCAGUAGUUGAAUUGGCUCCUUCUAAACCAGAACCAGGUAGUUUGGACUCUAUUUUGAACAAGUUUGCAGAUGAUUCUGAUGACGAAGAUACUCCUCAACCAACUACUACCUACCAACCAGCAAUUUCCAAACCUCUUUCUCCAACCUCUUUCUUACAUCAUGAUUCUGAAAAUGACGAUGAUGCUAGCCCUGUAAUUCCACAAAGAAGUACUUACAAUUUCCCAAGCAGAAAAUCAAAUGUUGUCGAGGACGAUUUCGACGCUUUAUUGUCUAGACAUGCAGCUGAUUCUGAUGACGAAUAUUAAACGGUCUCUCUUAAUUUUUUAA